UCCCCGGCUCAAAACCAACGCAGAGUUCUCAUUGUUCAUACUCUCCACUGCAUCUGCGUCUAUCUCCAGAGCCGCAACAAACAAUGGGACGUGUGAUCCGUGCACAGCGUAAGGGAGCUGGCUCCGUCUUCAAGUCUCACACACACCACCGCAAAGGACCGGCACGUUUCCGCAGUCUCGACUUCGGAGAACGUAACGGUUACCUCAAAGGUGUUGUAACUGACGUUAUUCACGAUCCAGGUCGCGGUGCACCUCUCGCUAAAGUUACUUUCCGUCACCCGUUCCGUUACAAGAAACAGAACGAACUCUUCGUCGCCGCUGAAGGUUUAUACACCGGUCAAUUCAUUUACUGCGGUAAAAAAGCGACUCUCGUUGUUGGUAAUGUUCUUCCUCUCCGUUCUAUCCCUGAAGGUGCUGUUAUUUGUAAUGUCGAGCAUCAUGUUGGUGACCGUGGUGCUUUUGCUAGAGCCUCUGGUGAUUACGCUAUUGUUAUCAGUCACAACCCUGAUAAUGAUACAUCUAGGAUCAAGCUUCCUUCUGGUGCCAAGAAGGUUGUGCCAAGUGAAUGUAGGGCAAUGAUUGGGCAAGUUGCUGGUGGAGGAAGAACUGAGAAGCCACUUUUGAAAGCUGGUAAUGCUUACCACAAGUUUAGGGUUAAGAGAAACUGCUGGCCUAAGGUUCGUGGUGUUGCUAUGAAUCCUGUUGAGCAUCCUCAUGGAGGAGGUAAUCACCAGCAUAUUGGUCAUGCAAGUACUGUCAGACGUGAUGCACCUCCUGGACAAAAGGUUGGUCUCAUUGCUGCCAAGAGGACUGGUCGUCUUAGAGGUCAAGCUGCUGCUACUGCUGCUAAGGCCGAUAAGGUUUAAUUAAAAGAUUAGUUUGUUAGGAUUAUAUUUUAUUGCUGUGUUUUCCAAUUUUGUUUCUUGUUAAACUGUUUGGUUAUUGUUAUGAGAACCAUUUCCCCAAAAAAUGUGAAGCUUUUGGUAGACAGCUUGUUUUAUAAUAUGUUCCAUCUAUCCUGCAGUUUCUCUGCAUACUGAUUUACUAUUUGGUUGGAAAGGCUAAAUUGGUUUUUUUAUUACAAUUCGAAUUUGAAUUA